AUGAUCGGAUCAUGGUUAUCGGAUCAAGGAACAGCACCAACAACAAAUCCAGACCUGAAAAAUUCUGUUCCACUCGCAUCAUCAUUUGGAGCAUUAAUCAAUAAUAGUAUUAAUUCUCCUCCAUUGAUGAUCUCUACAGUUACCACUGCAUCCUCUGUUGGUGAUGUAAGCCUCUAUAAUAAUUAUCAGUAUUACAACAACAAUAACAACAACUAUCAGAGUAGCAACAACGCGAAUCAAAACUAUUAUUAUUAUAACUACAAUAGAGGAGGUGGACCACAAUUUCCAGAAGAACUUAAUUCCAUGUGGAUGACAUGCCCAUUUAACUCUAGAUUGGAAGACGAAACAUCACAAAACAAUUCCCAUAAGAGGAAAUUUGAUGAAUAUGUGAAUUACCUAGAAGAGAACGAAGAGGAAGAAGAUAUCAUUGAACAAUUGACCGAUGAGGACAACAACAAAUUUUUUGAGGAUGAUCCUUCUUCAUGCCUUUUUGAGUCUCUUCAUGAGCGUAAUUUUUGUAAACGAGUGAAAUCUCAGCAUCAUCAAGAUAGAUUGUCGGCACAACUCUCUCAUUUGCAUGUUUCUGAAGAGAGCAAUACUUCCAACCAACAACAUCAGGUCGACAACUGGCUCAAUAAUAGUACCUUACAUAGGAAUGCUGCAAAUGCCAACGACAUGGAAUUCAAUGAAGGAGAUUGGUGCUGUACUCAACUUGUGUGCUGUCCAUCAUCAUCCUCGACAUCAUCAUUGACUACAAAUUCAUUAAUGACCAGUUGCAUUCCAAAAACGAGAAACUCUCAUUUCGUUAACGGAAAAACACUCAAUGUCUCCACGGAUAAUCAAAUGAUGAAAAGUAUGUGGCAAAAGAAAUUAUCCUCACUCAUAAGCCAGUCUACUGGAAACAGCUCCAAUCCAAUAAGCACGUUAUUAUUGCAACAAAAAACUGACUCAACACUGUCUCCCCUAACGGACACAGCCCUUUUUCAAUCUGUACUUGGUGACGCGUUGCGUAACUCCAGAAAUAUGGAUGGCAACCCAAAUGAACAUGCAGUUGUACCUUACACAAGCAGUCGAGAGGAGAUUUUGAAAAGACUGAGAACAAGGUUUGAUAGCACCUCAAAUGGGAAAUACUCGCCAAAAACCAUUGAUGAUCCUCAUUCUACUGGGUCACUGCCAUGUGGCAACGACGAAGCCACAAACGACUUGAUGACAGAUGAAAACUAA